UUGAGUUCAGUCUCCAGUCUUCAGUCUUAUAAAGAGCAGCCCCACUAGACUUCCUAGCAAAGCGGGAAAAUCCACCAUCAUCACACGCGCGCCAAGCCAAGUUCAAAUCUCAUUUUUUUUUUACUCACGGAGUGCCAAAGUUUUUUUUGUGUUCCAAGUGCAAUACGGAAGUGUGUCGGUGCAGCAACUAUAUAUAGCCCACACAGGAUACCAGGAUAACAAACUCAUAGCUUCCCGACAAGAUGACCAGCUCGCGGAACAUGCUGCUGAUGCUGCUCCUGGUGGCCAGUGCCGCCAUCCUGCCCCUGGAGGCCAAGACCGUCUUCCGGCGCACGGACAAGAUAUCGGAGAACUUCAAGCAGCUGGAUCUGCCGCCCGAGGAGAUCGAUCCGAAUGUGGCGCCCCCAGAAUCGGAGCCGCCCAAGGUUGAGGAUGUGGCGGAUGAGGUGGUGGCCGAUGCCGUGACCCCAGCUGCGCUGAUCGACGAGAGUGCCAAUGAGAUUGCCAGCGGUGAUGUGGAGACCCCCAAUGCAGUGGCUACCGUACCAGCUGCCGCUCCAGAAUCCGCUGCUCCCGCGGCCGCAGCUGCUCCAGCGGUGGCCACCACUCUGGCGGCCAAGCCCACUGUGGCACCCACCACCGCCAAGCCGGAGAAUCCCAUCACCAAGUUCUGCAAAUGCACGGAGAGCCACUGCGACUGCUGCCGAAAGAUCGGCCUGCCAUUGCUGCCCAGCGGACCCGGUUGCGCCAAGAUUGCCUUUUUGGGCAACGACGAGAUGAGCGUGUCCCUGAAGUACGGUGACAUCACCCUGGCCUCCCGUCGCAUCUCCAGCAAGCGGGCCCGUCCCAUCUGCGUCGGCCUCCCAGGCGGCUACUCCCAGUUCUGCGGCAAGGUCUAUGGUCUGUCCCGGGCCAAGGACUCCAAGGACUUCAAGGCCUGCCUGGCCUUCGAGCUGAGGGCUGACGACGAGGUGGAGGCCUCCCUGCGCGUCUCCUGCUUCAAGUUCGGACCGGAAGGACUCCGGGUGGUCGAGGCGGAGCCGCUGCCCAAGCCCAGCUCGGAUGACGAUGACGACGACGAUGAUGACCUCUUCGGAUUUGCCGCUGGUGGCGAUGAUGACGAGGAGGAUGAGGACGACUAUGACAGCGACAACGACACGGAUGCGGAUACCGAUGACGACGACGACGACACCGAGGACUAUGCCGAUGACGACGAGGCCGAGGCGCCCGAGGAUGCCGACUACGGUGGCUUCAGUUUGGCAGGACUCCUGGACGAACUCGAUGACGAUGAGGACGAGAAGCCGGCGAAGAAGCCGGCGGUUGCGGCUGCCGCGGAUCAAACCCGUGAGCAUGUGAGUGUCGAUGGCCAGGUGGGCUCCACCUCGACCACCACGAACACCGACCAGGUGCAGAGCAAGGACGAUUCAGAUGCUCCUGCCGCUGGCGAGGCUUCAGCUGCAGCUGCUCCAGCUCCCGCUGCUGCUCCCGCUGCUGCUGCAGUUGCUCCAUCUGAAGGAGAUGCGACCGCAGCUGUGGUGACCCCGGCACCCGCAUCCACUGCCGAUGACUCCACCACGCCCAAGUCCAAAAAGUCCAAGAAGGCGAAAAAGAACAAGAAGAAGAAGGCCGUCGCCGAGGGGACGGAAGAUUCUGGAUUCGCCUACGAACUCCUCAACGGCAUCCUGGAUUUUUUCAACUGAGCGGCCAGCGCGAGUUUGCCAACAUGCUGGGCAACAGUGUAAAUACCUUGUACCGCCGCAGCUGGUCGGAGAAAGAGAUACAUAGUUCGUAGUCGAUAGCGCUUAAGGGUCCGCGAAAUUUCACUUAUUUAUUUCACCUAUUUAUUCGAUCCAGUAAUUUAUUGAAAAUUUAAAAACCGAAUAAAAGCCGAAAAUGUA